AUGAAGAAUGUGCGUGCUUUUAAAGUUGUGAAGUCGUGUCCCUUGUGGGCCACCGUAGGUUUGCGAUAAUGCUCAAACAAGUUUGUUAAGAUCCAAUCCAAUGUUGCGCUUCCUCUUGUUGAGGCUAAUUACCAAUUGUCGAAGGUUAAAAUUAUUACUCAAUAUCCGGAAAUUGAAACGAUUAAUAUCUCCAACCGAGAAUAUUCCAGCGUUUGGAUUUUUAUCAAGAACAAUGUCCAAAGAUGAGAUUAGAUACUCAGCGAGACCAGCCUCGUCAUCGAGUGGAGGGUGGUAAAUAAUACAAAUAAUUAUGCACGAAAAACCGCGUGGGAGUCUGAGUGGGCGAAGAUAUAACCAAAGACAUUCGAAUAGUGGGUUGUCUAGUUCUUCGAUAAUUGUAAAACCGAUGGAAGAUUUAAUAAACGCAAAGACACCACCACCUCUUUUAUGCAUAAUACGAUCUUUAUGGAUUAUUGUGUAGCCAGUGAGUGACCCGAUUUUUAGAACUGUGCACUUUAAAAAUACUAAAAGUUAUAAAAACCGUUCAUUAUACACCUUCAGGAUAAACAAAUCACUCGAGUGUGCUUCUUAAUAUUGCAUCACAGAAUAAAGACACAGAAGGUCGACUCAGCCAAAAAAGCGUAACUGCUGCCACGCCAUGAUUCGUCAUCAAAAUGCUGACGUGAUAGUCCUAGCCAGUGCGCUUAUGAAAGGCAUUCACCCCCUGGACGUUCGACAUUUUGAAUAUUAUCAGGGGGGAAUGCCUCUCAUAAGCGCACUGGCUAGGACUAUGGCGUCAGCAUUUUGAUGGCGAAUUACGGUCACGCCAAAAUCUGUGAUUGCAUGCUUUCAUUUUCCGUUGAUUGGUUGAAAAUGUAUAAUAUUAAUUUCAUGAACAUUAACUUAGCAUGUUUCAUAGUAUAAAAGAUAAAAGAAAAGACAUUUUGUCUUAUCUUUUGUCAGGAACUAUAUCGAGUGCUCUACAAUCUGAAAGAUGGUACGGGAGAUUUUACCUGUAGUGGUUCUCUGCCAGAGUUGUGCUUUCCUGGUUUGUAUGGUGAGAAUAUUGGUCAUAUCUCACUGCCUGUUCGAGAUGAACAAGCUCACAAGAUCAAGGAAAUUGCCAAAAAAGUUAUUGUUGAUCUAGAAUCCCCAAAAGAUGCAACGUCUCUAAAAAUAUGGCAACUGGAUGCAAAUCAAGUCACCAUAAAGAAUGAUAAGUUUAAAGCGGGUGUUCAAAAUCUCUUUGCUGUGGUGAAGGAAAAUUUAGGUCUAAGAUAUAACGAAGAACAUAUCCAGUUUCGUUUUCACAAGAUGUUUCUUUAUGAAAAAAGCUUCCAGUGUAAAGUUUAUGAUGGCGCAGAAAGAGAUAAAGAUAUGUUUGCUUCAAUACAGAUUCAACUUCCGUCUUUGUUUGAAGGUGGCAAGAUCACUGUUUGUCAUGCAGGCAAUGAAAAAGUGUUUGAAAUGGACGGUGAAAAAUCUCCGUAUUGUUGUAAAUAUGUUGCUCUGUAUAGUGAUUGUGAAUACCAGGUAUCCGAGGUUAUGAGUGGUUAUAAACUGGCGUUGAUCUACACACUUCACUGGACUACAACUACUGAUGCACCUUCUGCAGAUACUGAAGCUACAGUAGCCAGAAACGUUGCAAAUAUUUUACCAAACAUUCGCAGUGAACAAGCACUGUACUUUUCAUGGCUUCUGUCGAAUGAGUACAAGGAAUCUGAUUUUUCAGGAAAUGGGGUAAACGCGUUGACUGGAUUUGAUGCUGCUGCGGCUAAAGCAUUGCAAGAAGCGAGUGAACAAUUAUCAGAAGAUGAACAAUAUGAAUUUCAUAUUGCCGAGAUAUAUCGAACAGUUGAUGAACAUCUUGAAUAUAACAAUGGCGUUCCAUCUUAUCGUACUGAUGAAUAUGACAUUAGUCUAAGUUCAACGUUUCAUAAUUUUGACGGCACUGAAAAAGACAUUAACUUUGACUAUUUCAGCUUUUGGGACGAUGUGAUAAAUGGUGAAUGUCCAAGUGACAGAUCCUUAACUGAAUUUGAAUCUGAACUCUGGGGAAAAGGAUCAUGUGAAUGUGAUGACAGUAUGUCGUAUCCAGGUUACAUACGAUAUAACACGUAUAACCGUUACGCCAUUUUUGCUUGGCCAAAAGCAAAUUUUGUUGAAAUCGUUGGUCGAUGGAACCACGAGGCUGCCAUUGAAUGUGUUUUUGAUAAAUUCAAUGAAGUCCAAAAUAUAAGUUCUCUUGAUCCUGCAUUUCAAAAGGCAGAGCAGUUUCUAAGAAAGUUGUUAGAUUUAGCGAUUAGUGAAAAUAUCCCAGAAAUGAUUUCGUCAGUCUUCAGCUUCUUGAUAUCAAACGUAAAGAGUGAGUCUGUCCGUUUGGCCAACAUGUUGAUCACUGAAAUUAUGACAAAAGAAAGAGACUAUUGGUCCUCAGGGUAAGUUAAUGCCAGACCUGGAAAAGAAUGGGAUCUCGGGAUCCUGAGGAAUAUUUGCUUUGGCAAGAAGAUUAAGGAACAUUUUCAUUUGAGAUUAUGGAGUGUUGUUUAGUGUUCAAAUUUUGCGCAAUAUACUACAGUACGGUCAAAUUUUCCAUAUUUUUUACGUAUUUUUAAGAAACAUUUGAAAAUGGCAAGUUCAGGAUCCGAGGGACACUAAACACUCUUUCCAUGUCUGAUUAAUGUCCAUAUCUCGGUGUAACCCGGUUUUUAAAAUUUUGAGUUAUGAAUUUAAGUUAGGCUAAUUUUAACACCAAUCGUUCAGGGGCUAGCCUGUGUAUAGAUUGUAUUAUGCUGUAAUACAGUCUGUGAAAAUUCGUGGCAUAGCAAUGUAUUGUCGACUCCCAGUUAUGCUACCCAGAUCUGGAUAGUUGAUCCUGAUUGGUCGCGACUAAACUUAACGGAUUCUGGUUGGCUGGACUUAAAUAUCAAUAUAUCCAAUUGAAUAAAUAAAAUGCAACAAAGAGUUGAACAUAACGGUAAUUCCUGAGCGUGGUGCGAUUUGUUUACGUUAUUAAAAGUCAGAACUUUGUUAAUCGUUUAACUCAGCCAAUCAGAAUCCAAUGAGUUUACAGGUAACUAUGACCAAUCAGAAUCAACUACCCAUAUAUGGAUAGCGCAGCUGGGGGUCGACAGCAAUGCCACGAAUUUUCACAGACUAUUACAGCAUAACACAGUCUGUACACCGGCUAUUAAGCGGCCGGUUGUUCAAAGCUGGAAUAGCGCUAAACAUGGGUUAAAAUUUAACCUGCUGUUUUAGUUUAUGUAUUUCUACACAUCUGUUUAUUUCAAAACUUCAGAGAAGAAAACUCCUACUGAUGCAGACAAUAUUUCUGACGAAAUAUUUCCAAAUUUUAUAAACAAGCUGUUUUAAAAGUUUUCUUUGAAUUUUGGGUUAAGCUAAUCGGCUUUCGGACAACCGGCCCCAGGAGAUUUUUGUGUUUCGUAAUUAAAUUGCUGAAACAUAAACAUGCUAACCAUUAGUGAAAAAUCUCUCUUUUAGUGAAUGUAAGAGAGAACCGUAUUGCCUUGAUGAUUCUAUGAUUCAACCACUUGUUAAACUAGUAGUUGAUCUUGGCUGGCCGUCUUUAUCUGAAGCAGUUAAGACGUUGUUCGAUUUGAGUCCAGUUUCGCAACAUGGGAGGUGGGCUGAGUUUCUUAUGAAGUAUCUUAAAGAAAUGAAAAAUGAUGAGCGUUUCGUUGAAGGAGAUGUACGUUUCAGGUCCAUUUUAACGUGCUUAGUAGAGAAAUUUGGAACUGAUGCUCAAACAAACCAACUUGAAGAUACGGAGAUAUAUCAAACAACCGAAAAUACACGAGCUGAAAAGAUUGCAAUUUUGUUGUUUCAUAUCGGUGACCAAGAGUUACUCCAGAUAUUCACUGACGGGGUUUGUGAUUACAUUCGCCAUUCCGAAGGCAGUUGUAUUUUGCAAGAGCUGGUCAAAAGCUUAAUGAGUCACGAAUUGGGUGACAACGGGUUUUGGAUCCAAUUGUUGAAGUGUAGAAUUGAACAGUUGGAAAAGAUUGAGAAGAUGAAAGUCAAACCAUUCAGUUGGGAGCAAGAAGAAGCCAUAAUAGAUGGCCAUCCUAGCGUACAAGCUUUCUUGAGAGGUCCAACUCGAACAAUGAAAUAUGAUAUUUUUACAAGUGAGGACGAAGUGAGAGGUUUUAUGUUCAAAUAUUUCAAAAGACCCUGGCCAGCGACUGAUGUCAAUGUUGAUCGUCGUGAGUACAGUGUUUGGGUUUCCAUUCCUGGUAAAGGAACAAAAGCAUUUGCUGUGCUUAAGAAAACACGAGAGUGGUAUGACAGGAAAGUUGCCAAGUUUAAUCAGAAUUUGGAUGAACUGAAGGAGCUAAGAACAUUUCUUAAAUCUGCUAUCAACAACACUAGUUCGUGA